AUGAGGUACGAGAUGCUGAUGGAUUCCCCCAUUGAAGACGGCGACGACGACGACGACGACGAAGAAGACGAUGAGAGCGAAGAAGACGAUGACGGCGACGACAGCGAGGGCGGCGACGACCAAGAGAGCGAAGAAGAAGACGACGACGAGUGCGACAGCGAAGACGAGAGCGACGACGGUGAAGACGACGCUCCGGCAGCGAGAAGAAGGAAUACGAAGAGGAAGAGACAAGAGGACGGAACGGGUUCGUUUAAAUACGCUUUCAGAACGUUCUUACCGAAAUUAGGUCUGGGAAUAGCCAGCAAGUUCAAAAGGAGAAAAACGCUUUACAGUCCGGUGCCGUCUCUUAAGAGACUGGAAAACUUCGAUCGCAGCAUAGAAAUGUACUUUCGCUACGAACUUCCCGGGAUGUCCAAAUGCAGGCUUUGUCCGACAGUCCGGGAGAAGGACGACAAACGAGCGUGGGACGUUCGCGUCGAACUGUUGUCGCCGAGGACCUUGUUCGGAUCAAGUAGGAGAAAAGAUUACACGGAAGAGCUCACCCGAGAGCUGUGCGACGACGACGACAAAGACGUGGUCGGAGGCGAAGGCAUCAUGGAUCUCGACGAGCUGAUGGAAGUCGAUCGAGGGGCCCUAUCGCCGGAAAUGGCAAAGUCCUUGGAGCUGAUCGAUCCGAGGGCCAUAAUCAGGGAUCCGGAAGGCCGCCGCAUAUCCUUCCGACACAUGCUGGCCUGGAAUAUGGAGUCGUACAUGUUCAAGCCCGAUUACUUUCUGCGCAGAUCCUUUCCGUCCUGCGAGGCGGCGGAAAUAAGCUAA